GCUCGCUGUUUACGAUGACGUCACGGCUGCCAUAGUUACAGGGAGCUUGGGCGGCUCGGGGAGGCUGUGCCUGCUGGUGAAUCCCACCGAGCGACCUCGCGAUCCAGCCGAGCGGACCGAACCAUGGGCUUGCUGUCAAUCCUCCGGAAGCUGAAGAGCUCUCCGGACCAGGAGGUGCGUAUCCUGCUGCUUGGCCUGGAUAAUGCGGGCAAGACCACCUUGCUGAAGCAGCUGGCUUCAGAAGAUGUGAGCCACAUCACACCCACGCAGGGCUUCAAUAUAAAGAGCGUGCAGUCUCAAGGCUUCAAGCUCAAUGUGUGGGACAUCGGGGGGCAGCGAAAGAUCCGGCCCUACUGGAGGAACUACUUUGAGAACACGGAUGUGCUGAUCUACGUCAUUGACAGUGCUGACAGGAAGCGCUUCGAGGAGACAGGCCAGGAACUCGCCGAGUUGCUGGAGGAGGAAAAGCUGAGUGGGGUGCCCGUCCUGGUGUUCGCCAACAAGCAGGACCUCAUGACGGCUGCCCCGGCUGCGGAGAUCGCCGAGGGCCUCAACCUGCACACCAUCCGGGACCGGAUAUGGCAGAUCCAGGCCUGCUCUGCGGUCACCUCCGAGGGAGUGCAGGACGGCAUGACGUGGGUGUGCAAGAACAUAGCAACCAGGAAGAAAUAAUGACUGGGACCUGCAGAGAUUGUCUGUGUGCGAUCUCCAGCAGCUCAACACAGGAAUAAAAGGAACAGAUAGUAUUUAUUUUGUAUAAACGGACUGCAGCCCUCAUGUUAGUGUCACUAAGUGUUUGUCAGCUAUGACCACUGGGAACUGUAUGAUUUGUAUGAUACAGUAAGUUAUUAGGCUUAAAGAUAUCUCUACCUUCAUAAACAGUACGUUACACUCAACAUCAUGACAGACAUUCCAACAGAUGAAGGCUUAUAGUGAAAUACAGUAUAGACAUCUCGACCAUAUAUAUAUUUUUUCCAAUAAGAUAAAAGUAGAAUGAGUAUGACUGACUGUCCUUUAGUGUUUGUGCAGUCUUACAUUCUGUUUCAUCUCUCUUACUUUUUAUAAUGGACAGCGUGAGGUUCCAGAUGAAAAUGUUUAGAUUUUGACUGGUUUUGUAACGAAUAAACUGCUGAAUUAAAA